AUGAUAUCAACUAAAGAACCAACACCGUUGCCUACUGCGGCAACACAGUUGACAACACAACAACAAUCAACACCAAGUGGAAAGAUGUUUGUUAUCAAGAGAGAUGGAACAAAGGCAAAUGUACAAUACGAUAAGAUCACAGCAAGAUUGCAAGCACUAUGCGAUAUGGAACCAAAGUUGAAUACUGAUAUUAUUGAUCCAACAGAGGUGACACAAAAGGUUGCCAGUGGAGUGUUCCCUGGUGUGAAGACUACUGAGUUGGAUAACUUGGCCGCUGAGACUGCCGCCUACAUGUCGACCAAGCACCCCGAGUACGGCGUGUUGGCCGCUCGUAUCUCCAUCAGCAACUUGCACAAGCAGACCAGCACCUCAUUCCUCGAGACCGUCGAGAAGCAGUACGCAUUCGUCAAUGUCAAGACGGGCAAGCACGCCCCGCUGGUCUCGGACGAGCUCAUCCGCAUCGUCCGCGCCAACGCCACGCGCUUGGAGCAGGUGAUCGACUACAGACGCGACUUUGGCUACGACUUCUUUGGCUUCAAGACUCUGGAGAAGAGCUAUCUGCACCGCAUCAACGACAUAAUCGUCGAGCGACCCCAGCACAUGCUGAUGCGUGUCUCGAUCGGCAUCCACGGCGAAGAUCUGGACUCGGCCAUUCACACAUACGAGCUGCUCUCCAACCGUCUGUUCACCCACGCUACGCCCACUCUGUUCAACUCGGGAACUCCCUCGCCUCAGAUGUCUUCUUGCUUCCUCAUUCAGAUGAAGGAGGAUUCGAUCGACGGCAUCUACGACACGCUCAAGCAGUGCGCUCUCAUCUCCAAGUCUGCUGGUGGCAUCGGUCUCUCUGUGCACAAGAUUCGUGCCGCUCGCUCCUACAUCCGUGGCACCAACGGCACAUCCAACGGCCUGGUGCCCAUGCUGCGUGUGUUCAAUGACACUGCCCGUUACGUCGACCAGGGUGGUGGCAAGCGCAAGGGCGCCUUUGCCGUCUACCUCGAGCCAUGGCACGCCGACAUCAACGAGUUCCUCGAGCUGAAGAAGAACCACGGAAAAGAGGAGGCGCGUGCACGUGACCUCUUCUACGCACUGUGGAUCCCAGAUCUGUUCAUGGAGCGUGUUGAGAACAAUGACAACUGGACUUUGUUCUGUCCCAACGAGGCCCCUGGCCUGUCUGACUGCUGGGGCGAAGAGUUCCGCGCACUCUACACCAAGUAUGAGGCCACCCCAGGCCUUGCUCGUCGCACUGUCAAGGCACAAGAGUUGUGGUUCUCAAUCAUCGAGUCUCAGAUCGAGACUGGCACGCCCUACAUCCUCUACAAGGACGCCUGCAACAGCAAGUCCAACCAACAGAACCUUGGCACGAUCACCUCGAGCAACCUCUGCACUGAGAUCAUCCAAUACACCUCGCCCGAUGAGGUGGCUGUCUGCAACUUGGCCUCAAUCGCCCUGCCCAAGUACGUUCGCCAGCGUCCAGGCUCUGACAAUCCCAAGGACCUCGAGUUUGAUCACCAGCGUCUGUUCGAUGUGACCAAGUCCAUCACAGUCAACCUCAACAAGAUUAUCGACCGCAACUUCUACCCAGUGCCAGAGGCACGUGCUUCCAACAUGAAGCACCGUCCAGUCGGCAUCGGCAUUCAGGGUCUGGCCGAUGUGUUCAUCGCACUGCGUCUGCCAUUCGAGUCGUCUGGAGCCAUUCUCCUCAACAAGGAGAUCGCCGAGACCAUUUAUUUUGCCGCGCUCACCGCCUCCAACGAGCUGGCCGCCAAGCAUGGUGCCUACGAGUCGUUCCCCGGCUCACCCGCAAGCAAGGGCAUUUUGCAGUAUGACUUCUGGGGCGUGACACCCUCCAUACGCUGGGACUGGGCUGGCCUCAAGCAGAAGAUCUCUGAGGUCGGACUGCGUAACUCAUUGCUCAUUGCGCCAAUGCCCACUGCGUCCACCUCGCAGAUCCUCGGCAACAACGAGGCGUUCGAGCCAUACACCAGCAACAUAUACAGUCGCCGUGUGCUGGCCGGCGAGUUCACCGUGGUCAACAAGCAGCUGCUGCAGGACCUCAUGGAGUUGGGCCUGUGGACACCCGAGAUGAAGAACCAAAUCAUUGCCAACCGUGGAUCCGUCCAAAACAUCGACAGCAUCCCCGACGUCCUCAAGGAGUUGUACAAGACUGUUUGGGAGAUCCGCCAGCGUACUCUGAUCGACAUGGCCGCCGACCGUGGCGCAUUCAUUGACCAGAGCCAGAGCUUCAAUGUCUUUAUCGCCGAGCCAACAUUCCCCAAGCUCACAUCGAUGCAUUUCUACGCAUGGAAGAAGGGAUUGAAGACCGGCAUGUACUAUCUGAGAACCAGAGCUGCUGCCGACGCCAUCCAAUUCACCGUUGACCAGCAGAUGUUGCAAAAGAUUGCUACAACUGAGCCUGGCACUGCUGGUGCCAACACAGAUGGCGUACCAAAGACACCAGGCAGUGUGACCAACAAGACACCCGGUGGUCGUCCCGCUGGUCUGCCCGGCAGUCCAAGCAUGGUACUCAGUCCAAUGCGUUUCCAGAACGCAUUGCAGCAACAACAAGAGGAGGAGAACGUCGAUUACGAAGGAAUGGUCUGUCGUCGCGAGGAAGGAUGCGUCGUCUGUGGAUCAUAA